AUUUAUUCAAACCAACAUCAGCUUCAGUAGCAGGUUGAGCAUCUUGUCGCGGUGGCUGCUCAGUUCGCGAGCACUGUAUGUUUGUGUGCGGGACUCUGACCCAAGCAAUCGAUUGCCUUCUCUUGACCCAAGCGUGCCUGCCACACACAUUCGCGAACAUUCGAACAUGGACGUGCGAUCCCGCCCAAGCUGACUCGGAUAUCGAACCGACCCGCUACUCUCGCCUUGUCCGGAGCGUUGGGAUUUACUCCCCCUUGUGGCCUCAUGCAUCAUCAUCUGAAGUCUCCAUCAUCUGACUUCUUCAGCUGACCUUGUUUACCUGCUGCAUUGUUGUCGUGUGGGAGCUGACGUCACUCGACUGCCCUUCGUCUUUGUCCAGAUUGUUGCUGGUUGGCUGAGAUGUUAGUUUUUAUUCCUGCCGACUGGCUCUCACAUAACCAUUGACACAGAUUUCGUCCUAAACCUUCAACGUUCCUCUAACACGUUUCGUCCAGACAGUCUGAUCGGACUAUGUGGAUGACCCAACCAGAGGAGAACCUCAUUUCACUGUAGUGUCAGCACAGUCCCCGAGGCCAAAUAGCGCGGAUUGCAGCUGCAGCCUACAGGUGAAAAUGGAGGAAAAACGAGUGACAACUCCGACAUACCUACCCACUAAGGAGAUGGACAUCAGCAACUACGGAAGUUCCGAUCACGUGCCGUCCUUCACCCCGCAGCGUAAAUGCUGCACGCGGGUUCUUCUGACGAAGUACACUCUGUUUACCCUCAACUUUGUCCUGUUUCUGGCAGGCGGAGUUCUGAUUGGUCUGGGCGUGUGGUCCAGGGUGCGAGGUGCCUCGCUCGCCGCCUUCAGUGACUUCACCGUGGAUCUGUCAAUCCUGCUGAUAGUCAUCGGCGCUGUCGCCUUGGUCGUCUGCUUCUUCGCUUGCCUCGGCGCUCUCAGAGAACAGCUUAUACUACUAAAAAUUUAUGUCGUCGCCGUGGUGGCGCUGUUCGUGGUGCAGAUGGUGGCUGGCAUACUGGCUUUUGUCCUGCUGGACACAGUGGAGCGACGCUCUCUCGCUCUCCUCAGAGAUGCUAUGGCAAGCUUCGGCAAGGGAGAUCACGCAGAACGCGACAAUGUCAUUGACAGCUUGCAAGAAAUGUAUUACUGCUGCGGAGGGACAUCGUACCAGGACUGGGAUGUGAGCGCCCUCUACAACUGCUCCACCAGCGUGGACAGCGCGUGCGGCGUGCCGGAUUCUUGCUGCCUCCACCACUCUGUGAAGUGUGGCCGCUACACCAGACGCUACACGGAGACCUACGCAGAACAAGUUAUCUACACCCGCGGCUGCAUAGGAGCGCUCAUGAACGUGUUCAAGGAUAACCUCAUCAUUACUGGCCUCAUCACUUUUGCCGUUGGUUUCCUGCAGAUAUUUUCCCUUCUGCUGGCUCACUGUUUUAUGAGAUACCUAUCCAUGGGCAUGAAGUUCAGCUUAUGAGAAUCCUGUGCGGUUUGUGUGGUUAACUUCCCCUAUGAAAAAUCUUAGGAUCUGACUUAAAAUGUGAGCAGCUCCUGUUCCACACCCCAACCCCCUGGAGUGUUAGCAGAAAGCAAAAACACUAUACAUACAUAUAUUAUCAAGGGAAACAAUAAUUCUAAGAAACAUAUAUAUAUAUACAAGUCUCUCUAGAAGUGUGGUCUAGGUCUGACUUUUAAAGGAUUCACUACCCUUCUCAUUUCAAGGGUUGGUCGCCUACAGCCAAGAGAGCAUAAGCUGAAGUGCUUGCGGUAAAGGCAAGGGCUAUUGUCUCCCCUUUCUUGUUUCUAGACGCUGCAGCUUUCACCGUGAAACUCAACGCUGCUCAUGUGACUGACUGGGGAAAGCAGCUGUUGUGAUUGUUCUGACGUAAACAAUAUACUUAAAUACUGUAUUUGUUAAACGUUUGAAACAGCUCCUGUAAGCAAGGAGGUUGUUAAUGAGUUUAAUAAUGAAUUGUUUAUUCAUAGAUCUAACAGCAUGUACUUAUGUUUCAUAUAAAAGAAUUUGCUGUGUCUGUGAAGCAAAUGUCGAAAAGAACAAUAAGGAAUAAAGAAGGAUGUCUG